AGGGCAGUUUUGAAACUACAGCACUACUUCAUCACCUUGGCAGAACAUUGUAUUGUAAUUUGGUUAAGCAAUACUGUUUCAUAUAUAUAUUUCCCGCCUGUACAUGGACUAUGAAGAGGACGAUGACGUCUCCUUUGCAAAAUGGAUGAGCAGUUUCUGGGGACACAAUGUGCCAGAUGAAACUGACAACACGAGUAGAUCUGGCAGGAAAUGGCAGACAAGAUCCCUGGUGGAAAGGAGAGCCUCCCUUCCGGCUAAACUUUCUUCUAUCCACAUGACAAGAUUUCCUGCUUCUACCAGGAUCCCAUCACCAAGCCAUCUGAGAGAUUGCAAAGAAAUGCGAGAAGACCAAGAUUCGAAAGAUACAAAAUGGCACUGCCAUGCAAAGGCGUGCAAGAAGUCCUCAAAUGGCAGUUCUUCUCAGGGGGCAAGCGGACCAAACAGUCGCUCAAAUUCCAUCCUGGAGUUUUCAGAAUCUUUUGACAGGCAGCUGCAUUUCAAAAACAAGCGCUCAGUUUCUUUGGAGCCUGAAGGGAUGAAACAGAGACGAGAAAGAGAGAGACUGCGGAGUCACAAGAGCAGGUCUCAUAAGAAAAUGGGAGAAAAGAAGGAACCCAAGUAUGAGCAAGUGGUAGGAGAAAUCAGCGUGGAGCUCCCGGCUGGAAAACGUAGUUAA